AUGCAUUCUACAAUUGUGAUUCUUUUAUUUGCCAUUGUGUCAACAUCCAUCGCAGUUCCAAUUGUUCCUGGACUAAUUGGAGGAAAUGAAGAUGUUAUUCAAGCACAACCACAAAUCAAUCCAGCUCAAUUGAUCGAUUACUUCAUAAGAUAUCUUUUAACAGACGGAAAUCCAGCACAAGGACCACAAAUUAAUGCAGCAGACUUAGUUUCUAUUGCUGGACGAUUACUUGGUGGACUAAAUGAAGGCACUGCACGAGGUGAAACUAUCCAAGACCCAAGAGUUAUUAACUAUGAGCAACAAAUCAACAGAAGGAACCAACAAGGAAGCGAUUUUUCAAGAUUAUUAAGAAUAUUUGCAACCUUAUUAUCAUAA